GCGCCGCGAGCGGAGGGCGCGGGCGCGGUGUGCGGGGCGCGGGGCGCGGGGCGGAGCGGCGGCGCGGACAUGCGGGCCCGGGCGCUGUGGCCGGCGCUGGCCGUGCUGGCGGCGGCGGCGGCGGGCUGCGCGCGGGCGGCCAUGGACGAGUGCGCGGACGAGCGCGGGCGGCCGCAGCGCUGCAUGCCCGAGUUCGUCAACGCCGCCUUCAACGCCACGGUGGUGGCCACCAACACGUGCGGGAGCCCGCCCGAGGAGUACUGCGUGCAGACCGGGGUGACCGGGGUCACCAAGUCCUGCCACCUGUGCGACGCCGCGCAGCCGCACCUGCGGCACGGCGCCGCCUUCCUCACCGACUACAACAACCAGGCCGACACCACCUGGUGGCAGAGCCAGACCAUGCUGGCCGGCGUGCAGUACCCCAGCGCCAUCAACCUCACGCUGCACCUCGGCAAAGCCUUUGACAUCACCUAUGUGCGCCUCAAGUUCCACACCAGCCGCCCCGAGAGCUUCGCCAUCUACAAGCGCACGCGGGAGGACGGGCCCUGGGUCCCCUACCAGUACUACAGCGGCUCCUGCGAGAACACCUACUCCAGGCCCAGCCGGGGCUUCAUCCGCACGGGCGAGGACGAGCAGCAGGCCCUGUGCACCGACGAGUUCAGCGACAUCUCCCCGCUCACCGGCGGCAACGUGGCCUUCUCCACGCUGGAGGGGAGGCCCAGCGCCUACAACUUUGACAACAGCCCGGUGCUGCAGGAGUGGGUGACAGCCACGGACAUCAGAGUCACGCUCAACCGGCUCAACACCUUCGGAGACGAGGUGUUCAACGACCCCAAGGUGCUCAAGUCCUACUACUACGCCGUCUCCGACUUCGCCGUGGGCGGCAGGUGCAAGUGCAACGGCCACGCCAGCGAGUGCGUGAGGAAUGAGCAGGACCAGCUGGUGUGCGACUGCAGGCACAACACGCACGGCGUGGACUGUGAGAAGUGCCUGCCCUUCUUCAACGACCGGCCCUGGAGGAGGGCCACGGCCGAGAGCGCCAGCGAGUGCCUGCCCUGUGACUGCAGCGGGCGGUCGCAGGAAUGCUACUUCGACCCCGAGCUGUACCGCUCCACCGGCCACGGGGGCCACUGCAUCAACUGCCGGGACAACACCGAUGGCGCCCACUGCGAGAGGUGCCGGGAGAACUUCUUCCGCCUGGGGAACAGCGAGGCCUGCUCGCCGUGCCACUGCAGCCCGGUCGGUUCUCUGAGCACACAGUGCGACAGCUACGGCCGAUGCAGCUGCAAGCCAGGCGUGACAGGUGACAAGUGUGACCGCUGCCAGCCCGGGUUCCACUCUCUGACCGAGGCAGGAUGCAGGCCGUGUUCCUGCAACCCGGCGGGCAGCACCGAGGAGUGCAACGUGGAGACGGGCAGAUGCGUGUGCCGCGACCACGUGGAGGGCUUCGCCUGUGAGAGAUGCAAACCUGGAUUCUUUAACCUGGAGUCGUCGCAUCCCGGGGGCUGCACACCCUGCUUCUGCUAUGGUCACUCCUCCGUGUGCAGCAGCGCCGUGGGCUACAGCGCGCACGCCGUGUCCUCCACCUUCCACGCUGACCAGGAUGGCUGGCGUGUGGAGCAGAGGGACGGCUCCGAGGCCUCUCUCGAGUGGUCCUCGGAGAGGCAGGACAUCUCCGUGAUCUCAGACAGCUACUUCCCCAGGUACUUCGUGGCGCCAGCCAAGUUCUUGGGCAACCAGCUGCUGAGUUACGGCCAGAACCUGUCCUUCUCCUUCCGCGUGGACAGGCGCGACACCCGCCUCUCCGCCGAGGACGUCGUGCUCGAGGGGGCCGGCCUGCGCGUGUCCGUGCCCCUCAUCGCACAGGGCAACUCGUACCCGAGCGAGACCGCCGGGAAGUACGUCUUCAGGCUCCACGAAGCGGCCGAGUACCCUUGGCGGCCCGCACUCUCCGCGUUUGAGUUCCAGAAGCUCCUCAACAACCUGACGGCCAUCAAGAUCCGCGGGACCUACAGCGAGAGAAGUGCGGGGUACUUGGAUGACGUCACCCUGGCCAGUGCUCGCCCCGGGCCUGGGGCCCCUGCAACCUGGGUGGAGUCGUGCACCUGCCCUGCUGGCUACGGAGGGCAGGUCUGUGAGUCGUGCCUCUCGGGCUACAGAAGAGAAACCCCGAGUCUCGGACCGUACAGCCCAUGCGUGCCCUGUACCUGCAACGGACACAGCGAGACCUGUGACCCCGAGACAGGCGUGUGUAACUGCAGAGACAACACAGCCGGUCCCCACUGCGAGAGAUGCGGCGAUGGGUUCUACGGAGACUCGACGGCGGGCACCUCCGCCGACUGCCAGCCCUGCCCGUGCCCCGGGAGCUCCAGCUGUGCCGUGGUCCCCACGACGAAGGAGGUGGUGUGCACCAACUGCCCCACGGGCACCACCGGUAAGAGGUGUGAGCUCUGUGACGACGGCUACUUCGGAGACCCUCUGGGCAGAGGUGGCCCCGUGAGGCUGUGCCGCCCGUGCCAGUGCAGUGACAACGUGGACCCCAACGCUGUUGGCAACUGUGACCGCUCGACGGGAGAGUGCCUCAAGUGCAUCUACAACACCGCCGGCUUCUACUGUGACCGCUGCAAGGACGGCUUCUUCGGGAACCCCCUGGCGCCCAGCCCCACGGACAAGUGCAGAGCCUGCGAUUGCAACCCCUACGGGACCCUGAGGCAGCAGGGCGGCUGCAACCCUGUGACUGGGCAGUGCGCGUGUCUGCCCCACGUGGCCGGCCGGGACUGUGGGGCUUGUGAGCCCGGCUUCUACAACCUGCAGAGCGGGCGUGGCUGCGAGAGGUGUGACUGCCACGCCCUGGGCUCCACCGACGGGCAGUGCGACAUCCGCACCGGGCAGUGUGAGUGCCAGCCGGGCGUCACUGGCCAGCACUGUGAGCGCUGCGAGGUCAACCACUUCGGGUUUGGCCCUGAAGGCUGCAAACCCUGUGACUGCCACCCCGAGGGGUCCCUGUCGCUGCAGUGUGGAGAGGACGGGCGCUGCGAGUGCCGGCCGGGCUUCGUGGGCAGCCGCUGUGACCAGUGUGAGGAGAACUACUUCUACAACCGCUCCUGGCCCGGCUGCCAGGAGUGCCCGGCCUGCUACCGGCUGGUGAAGGACAAGGUUGCCGAGCAUCGCGCCAGGCUCCAGGAGUUAGAGAGCCUCAUAGCGAACCUGGGCACGGGCGAUGAGGCGGUGACGGACCAGGCCUUCGAGGACAGGCUGAAGGAGGCCGAGAGGGAGGUCACCGACCUCCUCCGCGAGGCCCAGGACGUCAAAGACGUGGACCAGAACUUGCUGGGUCGGCUUCAAAGAGUGAACAGCACCCUGUCCAGCCAGCUCGGCCGUCUGCAGGACAUCCGGAAGACCAUCGAGGACACGGGAGACUUGGCUGAACAAGCCCGCAGCCGAGUGGCCAACACGGAGCGACUCAUAGAAAUCGCGUCCAGAGAGCUGGAGAAGGCGAAAGUGGCCGUGGCCAACGUGUCCAUCACGCAGCCAGAGUCCACGGGGGAUCCGAACAACAUGACCCUGCUGGCGGAGGAGGCCCGGCAGCUCGCAGAACGCCACAAGCAGGAAGCCGAUGACAUCGUCCGAGUGGCGACAACAGCCAACGACACGUCCGCGGAGGCGUUGGCGCUGCUCCUGAGAACGCUGGCCGGAGAAAACCAGACGGCGCUCGAGAUCGAAGACCUCAACAGGAAGUACGAGCAGGCGAGGAACAUCUCUCAGGACCUGGAGAAGCAGGCCGCCCGCGUCCACGAGGAGGCCAAGCGUGCCGGGGACAAGGCCGUGGAGAUCUACGCCAGCGUGGCCCAGCUGAGCCCCGUGGACUCGGAGGCCCUGGAGAAUGAAGCACGCAAGAUAAAGAAGGAAGCUGAGGACCUGGCCCGGCUGGUGGACCAGAAGCUGAGCGACUACGAGGACCUCAGGGAAGACAUGAGAGGGAAGGAGUUUGACGUGAAGAACCUUCUGGAGAAGGGGAAGACAGAGCAGCAGACCGCAGACCAGCUGCUGGCCCGUGCCGAUGCGGCCAAGGCCCUUGCCGAGGAGGCAGCGAAGCGGGGCCGAGACACUUUGCAGGAAGCUAACGACAUCCUGAGCAACCUGAAAGACUUCGACAGGCGCGUGAAUGACAACAAGACGGCUGCGGAGGAGGCGCUGCGCAGGAUCCCGGCCAUCAGCCAGACGCUCGCCGAGGCCAACGAGAAGACCCGCGAGGCGCAGCUGGCGUUGGGCAACGCCGCGGCCGACGCCACUGAGGCCAAGCUCAAGGCCCACGAGGCUGAGCGGAUCGCCAGUGCCGUCCAGAAGAACGCGACCAGCACCAAGGCAGAAGCUGAGCGGACGUUUGCGGAGGUCACGGGUCUGGACCACGAGGUGAACGAAAUGUUGAAGCAGCUGCAGGACGCAGAGAGGGAGCUGAGGAGGAAGCAGGACGACGCCGACCAGGACAUGAUGAUGGCGGGGAUGGCGUCGCAGGCCGCCCAGGAAGCCGAGAUCAACGCCCGGAAGGUGAAGAACUCUGCCACCAGCCUCCUGGGCAUCGUCAGCGACCUCCUGCAGCAGCUGGGGCAGCUGGACACGGUGGACCUGAACAAGCUGAGUGAGAUCGAGGGCAGCCUGAACAAGGCCAAGGAGGAGAUGCAGGCCAGCGACGUGGACCGCAAGGUGGCGGAGCUGGAGCGGGAAGCCCGGAAGCAGGAGGCCGCCCUGCUGGACUACGAGCGCGACAUCGAGCAGGUGCUGCGCGACAUCCGCAACCUGGAGGACAUCCGCGGCUCGCUGCCGGCCGGCUGCUUCAACACGCCGUCCAUCGAGAAGCCCUAGGCGCGGCCGCGGGCCCGCGCUGCCCCGCACUGCCCCUCAGCGCUGGGAACAGCCCCAGGCUCAGCGCGGGCGCGGCACACACCGGGCAGCCUCGCCCCGCCCCCUCCCAUCCCCGCACUCACGUCUAUGAAGGAAAGGCCGGGCCCGGACAGUGGGAUGGCCACCAGCGUCGGUGCCGUGUCCUCCCCCACGGAGCCACAGCAGGCAGACGCCCGCGCGCGGAGGCUGGAGUGACCGAGUCCGGCAGAGCGGGGCGUGGGCCUUCCGAUGCUGGCCCGGUGGGCUCCCGCUGUCCAGGCUGCCGACCGUGCGACGCAGAGGUGGGAGACCCCCACCGAGCCCCUUCCAGAGGGCCUGGUGCAGAAGCAACAGGGACGUGUGACCGCUGCGGUUCUCCUGAAACCCAGCGAGCUGUCCGGGACUCGGCGGGGGUCCCCGGCGGGAUCGCAGCGGAAGAGCAGGUUGGGGAGGGGCCGGCUGCAGCUCAGUCACGGACCCUGCGCUGUGUUUCUGUGCUGGAGAGAGAGCGUGUCUGGCUCUUAGCGCCUGGCCUCGAGCCCCCAGGCCCUGCCCUUUGUGGUGCGGCGGCCCCCGGGGGCCUCCCGGCCUCGGCCCUCUGCCCCGUGGUCGCCCCCGACACCGUCGCCUGCCACGAGUCUCUCCCUUAGCCUCUAACACUAUGCAACGUCGGCCCUUACCCGCGGGGGAGGAGCCGGGACCUGACACACUGGUGCUAUGACUUAUUUCAGAUCUAUAUUUUUGUGUGAACAUUGUGUUUUACCAUGACCAUAGAGUAAGGAACUCAUGUGAAUAUCCCCGGCCCUGCUGUCGCCGCCUCAGGCCCUCUGCUCCCCUGGCCGCGCCCCCGGGACCCCCUCCCCGGCCCUGUCCCAGGAGCCCGUGCUUGUCGGCUCCACUCCACACUCCCGGCCCAGGUCCGGGUGCCUCCGCCCGCAGCGCCUGCUCCCCCCCUCCCAGGCGGGUGGGGGCCUUGGGCUCCACCGUCGGUGCCUCCUGGGUCUCCCCAGCAUUGAGCUGGCUGCGGCCUUUCUGGCGGCGGUUAGAGCCGGGUGGGUGGUGGAGUCCCCGGCUCUCUGGGCGGGGAGGAGCGCACGGCGGCCUCCGCCCACCCCCGUGUCUUGGGAGGCACAGCUCUUACUUGCCCAGGGUCCCAUCCGUGUUUCCUGGCUCGUGCCUGUUGUUAAGCGGCCACAGCCUCCUGCGUAUGUGCUGGCCGAGGUCGCAGGGGACGGGGGAAGGGCCGAGGGUGGACGCCGGGGUCACACUGGCAACUCUGAGGCCACCGCGGGGUUUCUGUCGCGUUGUGGGUUUCUUUCCUUCUCCACCUGUGUGGUGUAUUUUUAAACAGAUUUUAUUUUUCAAAGAAGAGUUCUUGUAGACGAUCACACUCCCACGGGCCAGCGUGGCCUCCCGGCGUGGCCGCAGUGGCCGACAGGAUGCCUGCCGAGGGGCGCAGGUGCCGCCGCCCCGCCCCGCCCCGCCCGCGGCCGCGGCCCGUGCCUCCGUGCCUUCACUUGAGCUGUUUGCCUUAAUCUCUGCAGUCUUGCUUUCAGGGUGGUUAAUAAAAUGCAACACUUGGCAUUUUUUAUGUUUAAAAAACAGUAUUUUAUUUAUAAUAAAAUCUGAAUAUUUGUAACCCUU